AUGUCGUACAGUUCCAGAGAAACGGCGUCGGGUCGGGGAACCCAGUCCUGUGUCGGUGAAGACAAGGACAGAGGAUGCAGGGGUGGCAGCAGAUAUGAACUGGUCAUCACAUGGGAGCCUGUCCCCGAAGAACUGCAGAAUGGCGAGAGCUUCGGCUACAUCAUUGCUUUCCGUGCCUUCGGUGAAAUCAGCUGGACCCACGUGGCCACCUCGGCCCCCGGUGCGUCCCGCUAUGUGUACCGCAACGACAGCCUCGCGCCCUUCUCUCCAUUUCACGUGAAGGUGGGCACUUACAACAGCAAAGGACAGGGCCCCUUCAGCCCCGUGGUCACCAUCUACUCUGCAGAGACAGAGCCAAGCGGGGUGCCAGCAGGGGUUUGGGCCCGAAGUGUCUCAGCCUCUGAGAUUGAGGUGAAUUGGCAGGCUCUCACCAUCACCGCUGAAAGGGUUCUGGGCUAUGAGGUUGUUUACUGGGAGGAUGACACAAAACCAGAAACGAUGGGGAAGGUUAGAGUGCCUUGGAACCAGACCUCAGUCACAGUAAACAACUUGGCAGGAAACACCCAGUAUUUUUUAACGGUUAGCGCCUUCAACACAGCGGGCACUGGCCCAUUCCUCCCUGCAAUCAAUGUCACAACAAAAAAGCCACCGCCUGCCCAGCCACCGCUGAAUAUAGAAUGGACCCUAAUUGGCUCUCAGCUGUCUCUUUACUGGGAGCCUGUGGCGGCGAUGGAGUCAGAGUCAGAAGUUACAGGAUAUCAACUUUCAUUCUGGAGACAGAGACACAAAGAAGUAAACACGUUCACGACGGCCAAUUCAACAGCGGACCUGACCCUCCCCGACAACGACGAUGACUACAUCAUUUGCGUACAGACGCUGAGUGAGGGAGGACUGGGUCCAUCCUCAGAUCCCAUUAGGAUCCACAGACUGAGUAUGAGCGCUCGUGGUUCCAAAGCCCUGAGUGUGGACACAUCCCCGCUCUCCUUGUUCUUCACCAUUGCAAUAUCUACGUUCAGGUCAAUGUUGUGACAAGGCCUCUCUCUCUCUGCUUUGUUUUCCAACAUUUUUCUAUUGUUGAAAAAAGUAACCAGGCCUUUUUUUUCCCUUGACUCUUGUUUGGAGAUGACAGUUUUAUUGUGUUCUAUAGAAAAUAUUAGGCAGUGCAAUAUUGGAGCGUGCUGUCAGCCAAAAUUAAUUAACAUUAUUUGCUUGCCUUUAUUUAAUCAUUUUUUGUAUGUGGGUCGGACAUUUUUGCCAGUCGGGAACAAUACUCCAUUUCAGCUCUUUACUUUUAACGCCUAAAUAACACAGAUGCCUUACUUCCAUUCAUGUGCCAAAGUAGUUUCAGCCUUCUUUUUGUUAAGGGGAUUGCGCCAUGCUUUUCUCAGCUUUCAAUUUCAUGCAGUUUACAAUCAUUAAGCACCCAGUGUACCUUUUGGAGCGCCUCAGUGUGAGAUUUUAGUUUUCAUCUCAACAUUUUUCUGUGCUCCUCUUCAUGCCUAAAUCAGACCGUUUGAACGUGUUUAUUCACACAUGCUUGUGCCUUUGAAGACUCUCGCAAUGGCCCCAAUUAUAGAGACAUCC